AUUGCAGACGAAACCGGAGCCCUACUUGUCGUCCUCGCCCUGUUUUUAGUGUCUCCUCUUAAACCCCUGCAACCUUCUUGGUCUCCGACGGUGGUGAUUGACUCGUAUCUGGAGUUGCUACAAUAAUCGUAAUAGUAUUUUGAGAAUCUCAAUCAGAAACAUAAUCAAGUUAUGGACUUGUUGUCGGAGUCUCUAUCUUCGUAAACGACUGAGUGUGCAGUGAUGAUUCUGAAGCAGCUUAAACAAAUCACCUUGUCUGCUACGCGCAGAAACGCUCAUCUCCUACGGCUUCCAAGGCUCUACAGCUCUCCUGCUGUUUCUCAGUCUUUAACAACCUCCAAGCCUUCUAAAAGGCUGUCGAGAGAUGAUCGACGACUUGUGGUUGAGUCUUUUGUCUCCAAAUACAGAGCAGCUAAUGCUGGGAAGUUCCCUACAUUGAAGGUUACUGUCAAGGAAGUGGGAGGCGGUUAUUACGUUGUCAGAGAUAUCCUCCAAGAGCUUAAACUCAGACCAAAUGCGCCAAUCUCACGAGUCCCUGCUUCUAAUACGAAUGAUGCUUCCUCACUGAAGCAGGAUCAGACGUUGGAGUCUUCUCAUGACAGAAGUGAAACCGUGACAGCUUCUCUGGACAAAGAUGUUUACAGUAAAUAUGAUGGCAGCACUCAUCUUCCAGAGAUUCAAACGUUGAAGGUAUCAGAGGAAUGUUUGAAGAGUAAGGAAGAGGGAACAUUGACGCAGAUAGCUAGUCAAGAGCCAAGAGCAGACCAUAUCCAAGGAGCCAACGUUUUGCCUACUGGGACCAGUUAUCAGUAUAAUGUCAUCACUGCAACACUUGAGAAAGGAGAAACCAAGCCAGCUCCUCCUAGCAAUGACGUUGACAGUAUAUGUGAUGAGAGUCCUCAUCUUCCAGAAAGUCAAACGUUGAAGGUAGCUGAGGAGUGUCUAAAGAACUCUGAGACUACGGAUGAGGGAAUAUUGACGCAGUUAGUUAGUCCAGAGCCUAAAGCAGACCAUCUUGAAGAAGCCAAUGUUUUGCCUGCAACACAUCUCAAAGGAGAAAGCGAGACAGCUCUACUUAUCAAUGACGUUGACAGUAAAUGUGAUGGCAGUACUCUUCUCCCCGACAGUCAACAGUCCAUGCUAUCAGAGGAAUGUCUUAAGAAUUCAGAGACUAAGGAAGAAGGAAAAUUGACGCACUUAGGUAUCGAAGAGCCAAAAGCAGAAGACUGUCAUGAAGGUGGUGCAGCUUCAGCCAGUGUUUUGCCUACUGAGACCAGACAAGUUCCAGAGAAAGAGGAUGGUGAGGUCAAAACAGGAGAGAAUGCAAGUGCUUGGAGCAAUAUAAUUUCAUUUGCAAAAGGAUUUGCCAACUUUUGGAGGAAAGGGUAGAUAAACUAGAUAUCAUCAAGGAGGUGAAAUAGGUACUUUAGUGCAAAAACUUAAGAAACAGCUUGUUACUUUUGACCAUUUUGUAGAGGCUAUAUGUUUUGUGGUUAGACCGUUUUGUGAAAAAAAGUCGGUUCAACAAGGUCACAAUACCAAAGAAAUACACAAAGAUUCUAUCUUA